CACAACUCAUUUAGAUAAAUGCACAAUCAUCGUUCACCAGCACCCUCCGCCACAUACACAUGAAUGAGCAUAGCCCAGGCAGUCCACACCGCACAACACAACCCCUAAGCGAGAAAGCAGCACACAUGUUUCAGAAAGGUGGAAGGAAGCUUCGCAGUUCAAAGAGCAGCCUCCUCAGAACAGCCAGGCUAGCCGCCUGCCUCGCUACUCACUCACAUGACAUGAAGCAGGCACACAAAUGACAUCCACAGCAGAAUGACAGGCAAAAUGAGCCAAAAAGACAUGAGAUCAGCCCACGCACUACUUCUGUGUCAGUCAGAUCGGCCACCUAGCUGGCCUCAUCAGACAGGUGGCCGAGGACACCCUGCUCGAGGCCAAAUCGCCGCAGGAAGGCCCGGACACGGCUCAUGGUCACAGGGAACCGCUGGUCGAGAUUGCAGCCGUCCCCCACCGGCACCUCGGUGGUAUCGAUCUCGAUGGUGCCGAAGGGUACCUGUCUGACAGAUAAGUCCCUCCUCAAGGAUAUGGAAGCCACAAAGGAUGCACCCCCACUCCCCUCGAGCAGGAAGACAAUCAUUCGCCAGUUCGUGCCGUCCGUGUAGGGCCAUGUGUCGGGCUGCCGAUGUAGGUCGCCAAGGUCACAUAGCCGGUCAGCCACAAGCACGCCCUCCUCAGCAGCAGCGAUGAUGUCGUGAUUCCUGUACAUUAGCCGAUCAUGACGCGGGUUGCCCACGUUCAUCGGGACCUCAAGGAGCCUCGUUUGUUCACCGCGCUGGCCAUUGAGAAUGGUCUUGCUCAAGAAUGCCGAGAAGGAUCGAUAGAGAAGGAGGCCGCAGCGGAUGGGCGGGUCGGUCUUGUCGUAGUGUUGCCGAUAGGGGUGCCAGCUGCACAUCUCCUCCCGCAAGACAACACGGAACCGCGUCGAGCUCGUCGUUAGCCAAGGUAUGGCCCGCUUCGCUGCCAGUCCUUCCAGGCGCAGCUUGAGCAGCACAGACAAGCCGCCUGCCACAAUAAUGGCCGAAAUGAAGCCCACCAGAACCCUUCCUGCAUGAACGAGGAGCAGCGCCGCCAAGCCGAGCCAGAAAGAAUGCUUAUUAAAAAAGUGGUCGGGAUCGUUCACCACGAUGGACCGGAAAUGGAUGAGAUGGAUAACCGUCAACCAUACGAACCGCGCCGUGUAGGCCAGGCUGAGCCAAAGGAGGAGCAAAUCCCAGCGGCCUUCCAGCCGGUCAAGGCAGCCGGCCAUGAGCAUCACCUCCUCCUUGUCGGACGUCUGCUCGAUCGCCAUAGUGGUGGGCGUGUUGCCGGCGCCGUUCUCACCGUCGCCAAUGAGAAGCGUGUUGUGGCCAUUGCUGUUCCCAUUCGUGAGCGUGUGGCCGUGGGGCAGCCGAAAGAACGUCGCCGUCUUGGAGAGAUAACGAGGAACCAUCGACUCAGCCGACGUUACCGCUGGCAGCGGGCUGGUCGUCACCACACCACAGGCAGUUGCCAGCUGCCCCACAGCCGACAUUUGGCGCCACGAACAAGUCCGCUCGAUGAUGUGGGCACACCGACACAGACAGACGAAGCGCGACAGUGAAGCAGGGAGGGGCGGGACACCACCUUCAUCAGUGACUCUCAGCUGAUGCCUGGCCAGGGAGCUGUCGAUGCGGCGGAUCAGGGACGCCUCAUCCACUAGCCUGCACAGUGUCCUCCCGGCUGCGCGCACGUUGACAGCAUCACCCACAGACAGCAGGGGAAACAUGUUGGCAGAGUAGAUGUCAGCAGGCAGCGGAACGGCAACGACAGGUCCGACGAGAUCUUCGCCUCUCCCCCCUGCGUCAUCGACGGAUAUCACCACCUCCGAGGCUGAGUCGGAGGCCGAGGGAGGCGCCUCCACAUCAACACCAACUUUCCUGUACGAGUACGAGUGUCGCUUCUUGGUUCUGGUGGACCAGACCAACUUCCAACGGAACCAACUCAUCACAGGCAC